ACCCGGAAGUGUGUGUGAGAGUAAAGGCGGAAGUACUGCAUGUAUAAACACAGACACAGUGCGCUGAUGAUGAUACUCUGUAUAAGUUAGUUAAAUGUAAACUCUGUGACUGUUACAGGACAUUUCUGUGAUUUAGUUUUAUAUUUUAUUGUUUUAUAUCAGACUGUGAGAGUGUCAGCAUGCUGAAGGCUGUGAUUCUCAUCGGAGGACCACAGAAAGGUACGCGGUUCCGCCCGCUCUCCUUCGAGGUUCCCAAACCGCUGUUUCCUGUGGCAGGAGUUCCCAUGCUCCAGCACCACAUCGAGGCCUGCGCUAAGGUGCCGAACAUGAAGGAGAUCUUACUGAUCGGGUUUUAUCAGCCGAACGAGGAGCUGAACCGCUUCUUAUCCUCGGCACAGCAGGAGUUUAAAAUCCCAGUGAGGUACCUGCAGGAGUACGCCGCUCUGGGAACAGGAGGAGGGAUCUACCAUUUCAGAGACCAGAUCCUCUCCGGUUCUCCUCACAACUUCUUCAUCCUCAACGCAGACGUUUGCUCAGAGUUUCCUCUAGAAGACAUGCUGCGUUUCCAGCAGGAGCACGGAGACACACACAGCUUCAUCAUCCUCGCCACCACGGCCAACAGGAAACAGUCAAUGAACUACGGCUGCAUCGUGGAGAACGAACACACGAGUGAGGUGCUGCACUACGUGGAGAAGCCGAGCACAUUCGUCAGUGACAUCAUCAACUGUGGGAUUUACCUCUUCACUCCGGAGAUCUUCCAGCACAUCGGAGCUGUGUUUCGGAAAAACCAGCAGGACGUGAUGCUGUAUCCGUAUCAGGGAGAUGAGCAGUGUAACGGCUGGCAGAGAGCCGAGGUGAUACGUCUGGAGCAGGAUAUUUUCACGGCUCUGGCGGCUCAGGAGAAACUCUACGUGUACAAAACAGACCGAUUCUGGAGUCAGAUUAAAUCUGCAGGAUCAGCUAUCUACGCCAGUCGGCUGUAUCUAAACCAGUACCAUAAGACCCAUCCUGAGAGACUGGCCACUAAUAAGGACGGAGGACCGAAAAUAAUCGGAAAUGUUUACAUCCAUCCGACUGCUAACAUCGACCCCACUGCUGUGUUGGGUCCGAAUGUGUCAAUAGGAACCGGAGUGACGAUCGGCGCCGGGGUUCGAGUCAGAGAGUCCAUCAUCCUCCACGGCGCCACCUUACAGGACCACUGCUGUGUGUUAAACAGUAUAAUCGGGUGGGACAGCACCAUCGGGAAGUGGGCGAGAGUGGAGGGAACCCCGAGUGACCCGAACCCCAACGACCCGUACGCCAAAAUCGACAGCGAGACUCUGUUCAGAGACGGAAAGCUGACACCGUCCAUCACCAUCCUGGGCUGUAACGUGACGAUCCCGUCUGAAGUGAUCAUCCUCAACUCCAUCGUCCUUCCGCACAAAGACCUGAACCGCAGCUUUAAAAACCAGAUCAUCCUGUAACAGCAGCGUGUCGAUUAUCGGUUGUACGAUGUAUCGCGAUGUGUUGUUAAAAUAUUGGCACCCCCACCGUUAUGUUACGUUCAGUACGAGGCUGAAUAUUUGGAUAUAAAUCUCUCCGGUAACACCAACUUAUUUUAUUUAGUACUUUAUUUUAUACAAAAUUACAAACUCCCUAUUUAUUUAGAUGUUCAUGCUACAUUAAUACCUUAUGUUUAGCUAGUGUUCUCCACUGACAGCCCCUUGUAAUGCUAACUAGCUAAUUUAAUUACGAUAGUCCACUCGAUAACGCCAUUGGCUAAAAUCAUUCACAUGGCUCCCUACGUUAGCUACACGAAGGUCACAUGAUAUCACGUGACAUCUUACUUGUACUAUAGCUACCUAAUUAGGUGUUAUUUUAUCCUACAAUUGUGUGUUUUUUGUAUGUGAUUAAUUAAAUCGAUAAAUAAUUGGGUAUCUGUUCACUAAAGAGAGCUAGCAUAACCUUGAGGAACUGAGGACAUUAGCUAAACAAAGAUAGCUAGCUAAUUACAAUGAACAGUCAGAAUUAGACACAAAAACAGCGAGAUAUCGUUUUUUAGCUAUAAAAUAAAGUGUUUGUUAAAUGAAACACGGCGGUAUUUCACUGCAGGAUUUAAAUGUUUACCUAGAUUAACUUAAUAAAUGUUAAAUUUAAGUUAGAUUAGCUAGCUUAGCAGCGUAACUGUAAGGAUGACCAGCUCGGCCACAGUUUUAUAUUAAAUUACUGAACAACGAGGCAGAUAUUUACUCGUAGUCAUUGAUUUUAGCGCAAUGCGACGAUGUCGUAGAUAAUUAUCGUAAGAGUACAUUAAAAUACAGCCUCACUAAAACUAAAACUUUUAUUUAUGCAUUUCCUUUAAGCUGCUUUAAGACAGCAAUAUAAAAAUAUUCAGAUAAAUAAUGUACGUUUUUGGGAAAAGUAAUGACUCAGUGUUUUUUUUUUUUUUUUGGAAAAAAUGCACACAAUGUUUAUUUUAUAAAACAAUAUGUGAGAGAUUUCAUGAUCAGGAGCUUCCUGUUCUGAAACGUUAAUCAUUUAAUAACGAAUAAAAAUACGUUGCGUGUGUUGUGUUAAAUAAAUAAAACGUGUCAAAUGGAAA